GUGUUACAACUUGUGUUUCAAUGGUUCGAUGUUUCAGGUGGCACAGAAGAAGAAAAAGAAGAAGGAGAACGGGGUCAGUAAGAUCAACAAACCUCAGUUUAACCCUGAGGUGAAGAAAAAACGAAAGAAGCCCCUGAAUGCACCUCAAAGAGAGGAGAGAUUUGAGGAACCCACAGAGUUGCAGCGGGAAGAGGAGGAGUGUGUCAACGGAGACGGUGAGGAUCUAAACGCUUUGCUGGCCGACAUUUCAAAAAUCAACAACAGCCGAGAGAGAGCGAGCAAGCUGUUCCAGUGGCUCAUCAACCCCAUCCCUGCUAAGACCUUCUUUAAGGAAACCUGGGAAAAGAAGCCCAUUCUGGUUCAACGUAAAAAUCCACAUUACUACAAGGGACUUUUCUCCACGGCGGAGUUUGACCGCAUAUUAAGACAGGAGGACGUACAGUAUGGAGUGAACCUGGAUGUGACCAGCUACACAAAUGGCAAGAGGGAGACGCACAAUCCUCCAGGGAGAGCUCUGCCCUUCACUGUGUGGGAUUUCUACGAGAGUGGCUGCUCGCUCCGCAUGCUGAACCCUCAGGCUUUCUCCUCCAAUGUGUGGAACGUGCUCUCCAUCCUCCAGGAGCAGUUUGGCAGCAUGGCAGGAGCCAACGUAUACUUGACACCACCUGGAACACAAGGCUUUGCUCCACAUUAUGACGACAUCGAGGCGUUCGUAGUUCAGCUGGAGGGGAAGAAACACUGGAGAGUGUACAACCCGAGGACAGAAGAUGAGAUCCUACCUGUGCUUUCAAGUCCAAACUUCAACCAGGCAGACAUCGGAAAGCCGAUCCUGGAGGUGGUGCUAGAGCCCGGGGAUCUCCUCUACUUCCCCCGAGGGUUCAUCCACCAGGGCGACUGCCUCCCAGACGCUCACUCCCUCCACAUCACCGUCUCGUCCUACCAGAAGAACAGCUGGGGGGAUCUGCUACAGAAGUUGGUUCCUGCUGCGUUGGAAGUGGCGACGGAGGAGGAUGUGGAGUUCAGACAGGGCUUACCUCUAGACUACCUGACAUACAUGGGAGUACAAAACUCUGACAAGGACGACCCACGCAGGACAAAAUUCUUCUCGAGAAUCGAGAGUCUGAUGAAGAAGCUUACAAGCUACGCCCCCGUUGAUGCCGCAGUGGAUCAGAAAGCUAGAGGCUUCCUGCACGACUGCCUCCCUCCCAUGCUCACUCCAGAGGAAUUGGCCAGCAGUGUGCAGGGAGCACCUGCUAGGUGGGAGCGAGGUCAGGUUGUGGAUGUAGGUAAACAAGUCACUACCCAGACCAGAGUCAGGCUUCUCCGUGCCGGAUGUGCCAGGUUGUGCAGCGAUGGAGAAGCUGUUCAUCUUUACCACACAACAGACAACUCCAGAGUUUACCACAAAGAGGAGCCCAAGAGUUUUGAAAUGAACGCAGAGCACACUGAUGCCAUGGAGUUUCUGAUCCAUUCAUAUCCCAAAUUUGUGACUGUAGGAAGUCUCCCGUGUGAUUCUGCAGAGGACAAGAUCUCUUUGGCUGAGCUGCUCUUUGAGAGGGGGAUAAUCCGCACAGCAGAGCCUCUGUAGUGGCCACAGACUCUUCAGUCAAGCCGACUACAUGAAUAGAUUCUAACUGUCUUUGAACAGAAUAAGAUCCGGAAUGUGAAAUGUCCUUGUCCCAUGUAGUCUUCAUUAACUCACACACUCACACUGAACAGCCUUCAUACAUGAGUGUACUGCAUAAAGCAUCAAAUAAACCAGGUUUUUAAAAAA